AUGGCUUCAGAAACUACGUCGAAUUCUGAGUUUUCUCAAACAUCACAUGGAACACUCGAUUCCUCCAAUCCUCUGUAUCUGCAUCCUGCUGAAAAUGCAGGAUCAACUUUGCUUCCCGUUGUUUUUUAUGGUACUAGUUACAGAUCCUGGAGAAGAGGGAUCCUUAGAGCAUUAUCUGUCAAGAACAAGCUCGACUUCAUCAAUGACAACCUACAAUACGUCAAUGAUGCUCGAGAACUUUGGCAGGAGCUAGAGGACAGGUAUGACCAAACAAAUGGUGCAAAAUUAUACCAGUUGCAGAAGGAAAUUAAUGAUAUGUCCCAAGGAAAUCUGGACAUUACAAGCUACUACACAAGGAUGAAAAGGUUAUGGGAGGAGUUGAGCACUCUCAAUACCACCGCUACUUGCAAUUGCAAUUGUACAUGUGGUGCUAAGGCUACAAUGCACAAGGUGGAGCAGGACAAAAGGUUAAUUCGGUUUCUUAUGGGCCUAAAUAAAAUUUACACUGCAGUGCGAGGUAAUAUUCUGAUGAUGAAUCCGUUAUCAAACAUAGCUCAAUAUUUUUCUAUUCUCAUUCAAGAGGAGAAGCAACGAGAGGUCAAGCCUUAUAAUCAGUUAGAUUUAACAUCCACUUCACUGAAUGUACAUGGAGUAGCAAAUACAACAUUUAGAAUAAAUUAUCAAGAAAAGCAAAGCUCAAAUCAGUUCAAUAGGCAAGGAAACAGUCAUUAUAAUACACAGUCCCUCAAUCAUUACAACAGACAAGGUGGAGCAUCUUUCGGCAGAAAUCAGUUUAAUGGUGGUAACUCUAAUGGUCCUGUUGUUUAUAGAGCAGGAUUUUCAGCAUAG